UUAUGGAGCAACAAGUUGCCUUCAGUGCGUAAUUUCCAUCAGACUGGAGUUUAAUCCAUCGCACACGUGAUCGACAAAUCACUUCAGCUGCAAAUAUUUCUCAUCUGUCAAAGAAAAAAAAGAAAAUCCGUCCUGGACAGUCAUCUUAAAAGAGCUGGAAUCAGAAGUGGACCGGUUCCAUGCCUCCAUGCACCCUCUCCAGAUGCUCGGUUGGCCAACGCAGGGUAACUUUGCGCGCGCGGUCCGCUGAAAAGGGCGCUCGGUACAGAUGGGAUCUGAAUGAAUCGGGCUGAGAUUCUGUCCGUCCGCCUCCCUCAGACACUUGUAUGUGUUUUAUACCCCGCGGGCUGAAGGUCCUCCACGUCUCUCGGCGCGCAUCGACUCAGUGGUGGAUCUAUCAAUCACCGAGGAAGGGAGCAGCAAAUGUCGAAGAAACGGAAAAGUCCGGUCGAGCGAGGCUUAGAGGACUGCCAACCUGCGCGAGGCAGCGACCAAGGUUUGACAGAUGAAAAAGUGAAGGCCUACCUCUCACUGCACCCGCAGAUGCUGGAUGAGUUCGUGUUGGAGAGCGUGAGUGCAGAGACGUUGGACAGAUGGCUAAAGAGGAAGAGCAGCAGCAGGCCUGCAGAUGACACGUCAGCUAAAGAAGUCAGCAGGCAGUACCAGGACACAAACAUGCAGGGCGUGGUGUACGAGCUCAACAGCUACAUGGAGCAGCGCCUGGACGCUGGAGGAGACAACAAACUCCUGCUCUACGAGCUGUCCAACAUCAUCAAAACAGCAACAAAAGCUGACAGUUUUGCACUUUACUUCUUGGGAGAAUGCAACAAUAGUUUAUGUUUAUUCACUCCAACGGGGGCCAAGGAUGGGCCUCCAAGCCUUGUCCCCUCUGGCCCCAUCGCGUUUGGGACAACCAUUGCCGCUUACGUUGCCAAGACUCGCAAAACCGUCCUCGUAGAAGACAUCGUGGGGGAUGACCGAUUCCCAGACGGCACAGGACAGGACUCAGGGAUCCGUGUUCACUCUGUCCUGUGCCUUCCCAUCGUCACUGCCAUCGGCGACCUUGUCGCCAUCCUGGAGCUCCGUCGACAUUGGGGCAAGGAGCCCUUUAACCUCAGCCACCAGGAGGUUGCAACAGCUAAUCUGGCUUGGGCUUCAGUUGCCAUUCAUCAGGUACAGGUGUGCCGAGGCCUUGCCAAGCAGACAGAGCUCAAUGACUUCCUACUAGAUGUUUCAAAAACAUACUUUGAUAACAUUGUGGCAAUAGAUUCUCUACUUGAACAUAUUAUGAUAUAUGCAAAAAACCUGGUGAAUGCGGACAGGUGUGCACUCUUCCAGGUAGAUCACAACAACAAAGAACUGUACUCUGACCUGUUUGACAUCGGGGAAGAGAAAGAGGGCAAACCUGUCUUCAGAAAAACCAAAGAGAUCAGGUUUUCUAUAGACAAGGGAAUAGCUGGUCAAGUGGCGCGGACAGGGGAAGUCUUAAAUAUCCCAGAUGCCUAUGCAGACCCACGGUUCAACCGAGAGGUGGACCUUAAAACUGGGUACACCACGCGGAACAUCCUCUGCAUGCCCAUCGUGAGCAGGGGGACCGUCAUCGGUGUGGUUCAGAUGGUGAACAAGCUGUGCGGAAGUGCCUUCACUAAAACAGACGAGAACAACUUCAAGAUGUUUGCUGUCUUUUGCGCUCUGGCCUUACACUGUGCAAACAUGUACCACAGAAUCCGGCAUUCUGAGUGCAUUUACCGAGUGACGAUGGAAAAGCUGUCCUAUCACAGCAUCUGCACGUCAGAGGAGUGGAAGACCCUCACCCAGCUCAACCUCCCGACACCCAUCUAUAAAGAGAUUGAAACGUUCCAGUUUGACAUCAGCCCCUUUGAGGAAAUCUGGCCUGCCGUCUUUAUCUACAUGGUUCAUAACUCCUGUGGAGAGAACAGCUUUGAGCUGGAGAAGCUGUGCAGGUUCACCAUGUCUGUGCGCAAGAACUACCGCCGUGUGCCCUACCAUAACUGGAAACACGCGGUGACGGUGGCACACUGCAUGUACGCCAUCCUGCAGAAAACCCCCGACAGCUUCACAGAGCUGGAGAAGAAAGGCUUGUUGAUAGCCUGCCUGUGCCACGAUCUGGAUCAUAGGGGUUACAGCAACGCUUACCUGCAGAAGUUUGAUCACCCGCUGGCUGCUUUGUACUCCACCUCCACCAUGGAGCAGCAUCACUUCUCCCAAACUGUCUCUAUCUUGCAGCUGGAAGGGCACAAUAUUUUCUCCAACCUGAAUUCCAGCGAGUACGAGCAGGUGCUGGAGAUCAUCCGGAAGGCCAUCAUCGCCACCGACCUGGCGCUGUACUUUAACAACCACCAGCAGCUGACGGAGCUCCUGAGCACCAGCGCACUGGACUUCAACAACCACUCUCACAGGGACCGUGUGAUUGGUCUGAUGAUGACAGCAUGUGACCUGUGUUCUGUUACCAAGCAGUGGCAAAUCACACGACUCACAGCCAACGACAUCUAUGCCGAGUUCUGGGCUGAGGGAGAUGAGAUGAAGAAGAUUGGAAUUCAGCCUAUACCUAUGAUGGAUCGAGACAAGAAGGAUGAAGUUCCAGAAGGCCAAGUACGAGGUUGGAUUUUACAACUCUGUUGCGAUUCCAUGCUACACAACGCUAUCAAAGCUUUUCCCUCCAUCCAGUCCUCUACUAAAAGCCUGCAGGGAAAACCUGAGCCACUGGGAGAGGAUAGCACGAGGAGAGGUGGAGGACGUUGUGCCUACCAAGCCUUGCAUUUCGGGCCCAGUCAAGGUGGAUAACUGACUACCAAAGGGGUUGCUGGCCCACCAAAGGAAUACAACCCAAAUCCUGCCACAGACCUCUGACUUGGACAAAGGAGAAGAACCUGCUAAGUUUAGCAGGAUUUGGUUAAGCUACAAGCAACUUCACUUUGAACACACACAGUUACCUCAUUGGAUGACGGAGGUAUCAACACUGAAGGUUUUCACCAAUCCCGGAGACUGACAAACGUUGGGCGGGAAGGGACUUGAGCCCAUCGCCCUUUUUGUUCUCUAAGCAUGGGAAUUCAUUUGGUGAAAUAGACUUGAGUUGUUUCUAUUUUGGCUGGGUUUUUUUGUGUUUUUAUUAUGUUUUUCUUAGUUUGAGCUGACUCCAUGAUGGUCUUUUUGUGCAGAGGCCUUACUCUGGACUUUUCACAGGCUAGAAUAUGUGAAAUCUUUGUUAUUUCAGGCUCUUUUGCAAUAGUACUGUUUGCCUUCUGUGGUAAGUUGAUUGCACGAGCACUACUUCGGCAAGUUAUUCCCAAAGACAGAAGGAAUGUGCAGAGCAGAUGUGUGGCGUAAUGGCACCUUGCUUUAUUGAGGUGUGCAUUAGAAUGUUCUUUUUUUUUAUUACUUUUUUUGGAUAUAAAAUCUUUUGCAGUACUUGAAUAAAUACAGCCUAUUCCAAGUGGAGAUUGCAGAAAUCCCCCAAGAAAUGUGGAAAAACUGUGAUAAGAGGAGUUGCAUACUGGUGACACUUGUGAGAAAACUCACAAGAGAGUCACAGUGUUUGAAGUCUGAUGUGAACCCUGAAGCCCAACGGCCCCAAGCAUUUAGGAAUCUGCUGCAACAACAUCCCUCUGAUGAACAGGAUUUUCAUCUCAGUCCCAGGCCAAGACUGCAUAUCGUGAAGCUUCUCCGUCUCUUGCGGCAUGGAGGACGUUGGGAGGAAACAGGCGGAGCUCCUCCUCUUUCCAUCCUCUCUGGCCUGUCCAUCUCUGGGAUUCCAACUUAAGAGUGUUUGACAUUUUGCCAGACAUCCCUCCCAUCCAAAAACUCCUCGUCCUCUUCCUUAAACGCUCAUUUUUCAAUACAGAACUAGAGGAAACAUUUGGACUCUUUCUAAUGAGCUUCUAAGAUCUUCCAAAGACAAAGGAUUUUGUCUUCAUCUGUCAUUCCAAUGAACCAUUUCUGCUCACGUCUUUUGUUGUGUGACAGGUACUGCGGUCCUCCAGUGUUGUGAAUGUAGAUUUCCACGAAUGUUCUGUUUGGUGGUCUGAGUUGACGCACUGUCGUUUGGCUCCGCCUUCUCCGUGUUACCUUUCAGAACAGCUCCCAGCAGGCGUCGACCAGGAGCAACCGCUGGCACGCACCUUACCGGAGCUGCGUAAGACGGGAACGGGUUGUGCAGCUCCUGGGGUUCAGUGGACUCGAACCUUUGCUCUGAUGGUGCUGAACAGAUGGGCAGCCAUGCACUUUCUGAAUGAGUGCGUUUGCGUGUGUUGGUGAAUGCAUGCGAGAGCGAAAGCCGUUUCACCCUCCACCCACCUCAGCCCCUCCCGACCACAUGUUAAGUCACUGCACUGUCCCUUCCACUUUUUAGCACCAGUUAUAUCCCACCAUCUGCACUAUGUUUAGCUUAUGAUCUUUAUCAUUAGCGCUAUUAUUAUUAUUAUGUCUAUUGUUAUUUUCUUAAUUAGAGUUAAAUUUUAAUUAACUUAUAUUUUUUAUACAAAGAAAAACAAUGUUGGCCUUUUUUCUUUUUUGUACAAAGUAAACAUAAAAGAUAAAUUAAACAGUCUAGACAUGUUACUGUUACCCAGAAUAACUGAGGAAUGUCUCAACUGUAAAUGUAAGAGCCGUAGCCCAAAUGACUUUUAUUAAAUAUGUCUCUAAAAAAAUAAAAAAA